GAUGCUAACAUCUGCACAGCUGCGACAGAGAAGUACGCAUUGAACCGAAACAGUGAAACAGACAUUAGACCGCAGUGAGUUUGUGACUGCCGUCAUGAAGAUUAUCUGGGGUCUGUGCCUGCUAUUUUUGGCCGAGGGUUUGAGAGCAGUCCACGCAGCUCCGGUCAGGAGGACGACCAGCGAGGUGAAGGACAACGCUGCGCCGAAGGAAGAAGCCAAUAUUCUCCUGUUCGGCAUCUUACAGUUCAGCGAAUCGCUCAACUAUGUUCAUGAAACCACCGAGGCGAAGAUAGUGAAAAUCAGACAGACUUUGAGGAGCCAUGAGGGGACUCUAGAAAAGCUGAAUAGGCAGACUGAGCAGGCUGCGGAGGUGGAGAGACAGAUAAAAGCAGCCAUAGAGUCGCUACAGGCCCAGAUGGCCAAGCAACAGGCUCAGACCAAGAUGACUAAAGACUUGCUGGCCAGCGUGGAGCAGCAAGAGGUGGAGCUCCAAACUAAAGUGAAGAAGCUGGAGAUGUUUCUCAACACCAGCAUCAGCAUCAGCAUCAAAGAGCUGCAGAAGAGAGCAGAGGAGCAAUCCAACACCUUGAUAGGUUUACAGCAUUGGACCCAGUUCCAGAAAGAGAACAUUGAGACUCAGAAUGAGCAGCUCUCCAAACUAAAGAUGAUGAGUGAAGCUAAAACAUAGACUUUAACAUUCACUACUGAAGUCUCCCAGACUACACUGCACUCCCUUCCAAGCCUGCAAUGUGUGCGAAAGAUCAACUCUAAUGCCAGAAAACAUUUGUGUUAGUACUCUUGUGAUUAUGUGCUUGUUGUUGCCGCUUUCUCCGUUUGUGUCUGUUCUUAGUCUUGACUUUGAUGCACUAGUAAUCUUUGUUUUUAAAUGGAGCCUAUCAAAUGAAGUUUUUCUAAAUGAUUAAACAUUCUGUUUCACCAAAGAAAA